UUAUCAGUGUAUUGGUUAAUGUGCGUGUGGUGUCAGUGUAUGUGGUUCUUUAAGUAAAAAAUAUAUCGGAGUUUAUAAAAACUUUUUAGCAACAAACUAUACCUGCCUUGUGUUUUUAUAUCAUUUAUUUUAAACGGGGCAAAAAGUGCAGCAAAUGUCAGGCGUGGAUCAGAUGAAAAUACCAGGAAACACAGUUAAAUCGGUCGAGGAGCGCAAUAUACCAUGGAGCCAGCAAGUCGAUGAGGCCUCUUACGAAAAUCUGUCUUCUCCCACUCAAGAUGAAGUCUCCGCCGCCAACGAAAACUCCAUGCAAUUCCAAUAUCCGCCGUUUAACUUUAAGGAGAAUUGCAGCACUCCAUGGAGUAAUAUGAACAAGGGCCGCAAGAUAAACGCCAACCAUGAUUCAUACAAAAGACAUGGACAUAGUAUUCCCAACAACACAAGACGAGACGAUCAUCAAGUAAAUCCUUGGAAUUCCAGGAAACCGGUAACACAGACAAUUCGUAAUGAAAACGACCAUCCAUCGUCUACAAAACUGGACAACAGGGCCAGCGAUGAAGCACAAAACCACGAAGUUGUCGCCGCACCCAAAAAAACAACCUGGGCGUCAAUUGCCUCUCAACCGGCUAAAUUAACAUCCAGAACAGCGUCCACCACUUCCAACAAUAAGAAAAAGGGUCCUGGCAUGCCCCCGCCACCAAUGGUGCCAGGAAAGCACAACUUAGAUGUUAACGUAUGGGAUUUACCGAAUAACAAACCUCCUCCCGUACCCUCUCCCCCCUCGCCCAUCGAUCUGGCCUACUCUGACUUGAGUUCGGACUUUUCCAUCUCGGGCAAUAAUCAUGGACAGGCACCACAGCUGGGCGCUCGCACAGAGAAGGUGCACAAGGACACGGAGAACUUCCACAAGUAUGAGAGCAAGGGCCUGGGCACCAACAUCAACCACAACCACCACAACAACAAUAAUUUCAACAGAGCGAAGAUCUCACCAACGGGUCCCGUUCGGAAUCCCAGAAAUAUGGGAUCCACUCAGCAGCAUCACCCAGCCCAGCAGCACCAUGCAGCCCCACGUCCAGCGACCAAUGCAGGCCCCGGUCCCUUUGGACCGCCAAACAAUCAGGCCAGGCGGCACGAUGGCGCCGGCGGUGCGCCUCAUCCAAACCGAAAUGCCGAUCGGUCGGGCAACAACUACUCGAGUUUCCGAAGCAACAGCGACUUUGAGAAUGCCUCCAAGUUCGAGUACCGGGAGGAGAACCAUUCGCGACCGGUGGAAGCAGCGUCCGCAGCCGAAGAGGUGCCUGUCGAUCCCCAACUUUUGUUGGACGAAUUAAAAGACAAAAACAAUUAUAAUCCGAAGGUUGUGGACUUGAACAAGGCCACAUCAACAAGGUUUUUUGUCAUCAAAUCGUAUUCCGAGGAUGACAUCCACCGCAGUAUAAAGUAUGAGAUUUGGUGCUCGACCGACCACGGCAAUAAGAGAUUGGACGAUGCCUUCAAGGAGCGACACAAAGAGGGGGGAAACAUCAUGCUGUUCUUUUCGGUGAACGGCUCUGGCCACUUCUGUGGCAUGGCACAAAUGAUGACUGCGGUGGACUACAACUCCACGUCCAGUGUUUGGUCGCAGGACAAGUGGAAGGGCAAGUUCAAGGUGAAAUGGAUAUAUGUGAAGGAUGUGCCUAAUGGAAAGCUGCGCCACAUUCGAUUGGAGAACAAUGACAAUAAGUCGGUGACGAACUCGCGGGAUACCCAGGAAGUACCUAACGACAAGGGGAUCGAGGUGCUGCAGAUAUUGCACUCGUACAACCACUCAACGUCCAUAUUCGACGACUUCUUCCACUACGAAAAGAAGCAGGAAGAGGAAGUCUCCUCGAAGCGACCGCCCAUGCAUGGCCCAGAGGGUAACAACAGCCAGGCGCAAGCCCCCCUUAGCCGCAGCUUCAAUCGCCACACGGACGAUAAGGAGCAACGAGAACGCGAUAGCCGAAGCGGAGGAGGCGCCGGCGGCGGCGGCGGCGGCGGCGGCAUGUCACAAAAACACUUCAACGCUGGCGGAGCUGGCUUCCGUAAUCCAGUGCACCGAGCCGGGGGAAGCAAUUACAGCGAGUAUCGUCGAGGCAACGACUAUCAGUUCAAGGACAGAGACAGCCUGGACUUUGACAGAGAAAAUGACUUUGGGGCCCAUUACGGGGGAGCCAAUAGCCGGAAGAGUGAAUAUCAGCAGAACAAUACCAACAAGAGCCGGUUAAAAAACCGAGAUCGUGAUUUCAGCACUGAACAAAUGAAGAUCGAUGUACGCUUUCGGGCGGGUCUGUCCACAUCUAAGGAUUUGCCGAGGGACACCGAAAAGGACAAGAUGAGAAACAAUGAAUAUUCAUAAACUUGGCGAGCUGAGGAUGCGAUAGAAUUCGUUUUUUAAAUGAUAUUGAAUGGACUCCCACAAUCCGUUGAAUUGCUUAGAGCCGUUAAAUUAUAAUUUUUAGAUUUUUUUAACCAUUGCGUGUACAAGAUAAACCCCGAUCGAUCCGAUUCAUGAAGAACAUACAAACAAAACGAACAUGUGUGGGAAUUUAGGAUUAAUGAUUAAAAUAUGAUAACAUUUUUACGUAAUUAUUUAUUACAAUAUUUAUAUAAAUCUAUUGACGCUCACAUUGAACAGUUCAUAUAAAGAUAAUGAUCGAUUUUGCCGAUAUACAUAUACAACAUUUAUAAACACCAAGGAGUCUGCUUCAGCCAUUCCUUGUAGUUGCACUGUAACAAUUUAUACAACUUAUUUGAAUCUAAAGUGUACACGACUUAUGUAUGUAUAAUAUAAUUAAAGUAACCAAUUCAUCAUUUACUCAUUGACUAAA